AUGCUUGGAAAGGUUGCCCUAGAGGAAGCAUAUGAAUACUCUGGCCUGGCGGAGAAGUCGAUGCGAGACUCCAGCUUGUACAUCGCUCCUUGGGACCUCGUCUCCUUGACCGUCCCUGGGAUCCUGGGCAUUGUGGAUAAAACCGAGGCGGAAAAGACAGCGACUCUGAUGAACAAUUGGAUCGCAGAGCAUAUCAAGGAGCACCGAGACCGCCUGGGAGCUUUUGCCUGCCUGUCAAUGCAUGAUCCAGUUCAGGCUGGCCAGGAGCUUCGCCGCUGCAUCAGGAAGCUCGGCUUCCUUUGCUGUGUGAUUUCCAACAUGCCGGUCCGAAUGGCGAAACAUACCUCUUCUACGACCAAUCUCAGUACGAUGCCUUUUGGAAGGUCCUCACGGAAUGUCGAGAAGUCCAUUGCUGAAGGGAAGGGCAAAGUCAUGUGCAAGAAGACCGUUUAUGAUUAUUUUAAGAGACACUUCUCCACGGUGACACUCAAGUAUGUGAUGGACGAGAUAGUCGCCGACCGCGUCCUCUUCAGCAUUGACUACCCAUAUGAGAUGACCAAAAAUGGCUGUGGCUGGUGGGAUAAUGGUGCGAAGGCCAUUCAGGAGGCAGUUGGAGGUGUUGAUUUGUAUCGUUGGAUCGGUCGAGACAAUGCGAAGAAACUGCUGGAAUUGAGUGACUUUCACGAUUCCGAAGCCCCUGUCAACUGGUCUCCUCUGGCAAUUAGUGGAUUUUCGGAGGUUGUACGAUUGAACGUGAUAAUAUGUAAACAUGGCAAUUACCUAGUCCUUUCGACUCAAAAUCCAUUCAAGUACGGUCACUUUGACGACAUACUAAAUAAUCAGGCGAAGGACUGA